AUGGAUUCCCCUCAAUCCGUCGUGUCACCAUUCAAGAACUCACUUGUCUCUGAGCCUGUGAAUCAGAGAUCUGACCUUUUUGUUCACAACUCUGGUCGCUUGACCAAGGGAAUUGAGGUCCAAAGGAAGGAAGCUGCGGUGUAUGGCUUGGAUGGAUUCAUUGGUGUCCUUGAGGUUUACAUACAUCAGGCUAGGGACAUCCAUAACAUCUGCAUAUAUCAUAAGCAAGAUGUUUAUGCUAAACUUUGCCUCACCAGUGAUCCUGAGAAAUCUGUCUCCACCCAAAUUAUUAAUGGGGGUGGGAAGAACCCUGUAUUCAAUGAAAAUCUCCGGCUCAAUGUCUGGAAAAUAGAUUCCUCCCUCAAGUGUGAGAUAUGGAUGCUGAGCAGGGUGAAGAAUUAUCUUGAAGACCAGUUAUUGGGGUUUGCUUUGGUUCCUCUUUCGGACGUCCUCAUAAGUAAUGGGAAGUUAGAAAAGGAGUUUUCUCUGUCCUCCACAGAUCUUUUCCAUUCUCCGGCUGGAUUUGUUCAGUUAUCUCUUUCAUACAGUGGGGCUUCUCCUGAGGUAAUGGCAAUCCCUGGGAUGCCUCCAUCUCUUGCUACAAAUGCAACUGCAAAGGAUUCCGAAAUAACUGAACCACAGCCCAGUGACUUCGAUAAGAUUGAGUUCCCAGACCCAAAGAUUGUGAAUGAAAACCAUUUGAUGGUUUCGGAGUAUAUCGGUAUCCAAUGUUCCAGCCUGGACUCUCAAAGCUCUGAGAGCUUGGUCUCUUCUGACAAUGAAAAUCAGCUUAGUUCAGAACAAGGUGUUCAAGUUGUGGAAAGCUUCUUGGCGAGUGCAGUCAACUCUGUCCAACUCGAGACUCAUGAUUCUCCCCCAAGCAGUGUUUCAACUAAUGGUUCUCCUCCACAUGCUUCUCUUCCUGCAAGUUCCGAGUCCUCUGAUAAUGCAGCUGCUUCAAAAUCUCCAGACCAGGAGCAUGUUUCUAAGCUAAAAGAGAAGAGGGAUGAAAAUGUUGGAAAUGUUGAGAGCAAUUCCUCUGAUGGGGUGCCAAGUAGUGCAUUUGCCAAACCGGUUCUCACUGUGAAUGUUGAACAGGAGCAAAAAGUUGUGCAACAAGAUAUUGUGGACAUGUACAUGAAAAGUAUGCAGCAAUUUACUGAAUCAUUGGCAAAAAUGAAGCUGCCUAUGGACAUUGAAAGUGGACAAACCAGUUCUGGGAAUUCAAGCACUGAUCAAAAAUUGCAGGCAUCGAAGAACACCGGCUCCCGAGUGUUUUAUGGGAGCAGAGCCUUCUUUUGAUCUUUUGUUUUUCACUGGUUCAAAUGGCGCCCAGGUGACUCUAGAUUUUAGAAUUGAGACUAAUGCUAGUACUAAAGUGGAAUAAUGUGUUGAGUUAGUAUGGUGUUUUACUUCUAUGUUGAGAAGCUUUAGCUGACGGGAAACCAUGACUUUGUUCUGUUUCUGUUGUUGUCAGUAUAUAUGGAAUUAUUCCGUUUAAUCU